AUGCACUUCGCCGGCAGCAUCGAGGUGAAGCUACCUCCCCAGAACUACCUCAUCCCCGUGUACUCCAAGGGCACCAUGUGCUUCGCGUUUGCCGGCAGCGGUGACCGUGGUGUCUCCAUCUUCGGCAACAUCCAGCUGCAGGGGUUCCGUGUCGUGCACGACGUCGACGGCCAGCGUGUUGGGUUCGCGCCAAAUAGCUGCUGA